GUCACCUCGACUGAUGGCACUAAAAUAUGGGCUGAAUGCCUGGGUGCAACUGACAAGCCGUGCAUCGUUUGGGUACAUGGUUUGAGCUGCUCCGCACUGCCUUUCGAUAAACAGUUCGUGGAUGAGGAGUUCCUGAAGGAGUAUAAGAUGAUUCGCUACGAAACUCGGGGCCACGGACGAAGCGACGCUCCGAUGAACAAAGAG